AUAACAAAUUUCAAGUGAAGUACUCCGAUCCAAAGGUCUGCAAGAGUUUUUUGCUGGCAUGCUGCCCACAUGAGAUUCUAUCUUCAACGUUCUAUUUCCAGAGUCUCUGGAAAAAGCAAUUCCAAUCAGAUCCAUUGUACAAUAUUGUUGCGAGUAUUGUCCGCUCAUAUGUCAUGUUGUACUUGUCGCUUUCACAUGCGCGUUACUGUAAGUACUGAAAAUGCGAAGAGGACGUACGUAUUACAAAUAUACCUACAAUUUGAUAUAUCUCUUUUAACAAUAUAAUCCAAGUACUAGGUAUAUUAAUUUGAUUUAAUAAAUAUAUAUAUAUGAUAUAUAAAGGCGGGCGGUAAUCCUCAGCCCCUCUACCGGUCAACGGUGGCGAGGCUGAGUGUCGAAUAUUAAUUCCGAGACCCCUGACAAUGAAAGGCCUGAUAUGAAAAGUUGAAAAUCAAGUUUAAAGUAUGUGUGAAAAUCGUAUUCAUCCUCGGAGAUAAAAUGGGUACAGGAAAUGAAGCAGUGAUCUGUAAGUAAAAGUUACAAAGAAAAAUGCGAAUUGCCAAGAAAAUUUUCAAGUUCGAUUCUCGGAAUUUCAACUAACGCGACUCGUCCCUCGACGAAUUAAUAUGCAGUGAAACCAUUUACUACUUCCCUUAUAAUCUCUCGAAGAGAUAUCAUCUUUUUCGAUCAGUCGGUCUAUGGCAAUUGUAAUUUUCACUGUAUGUUAUCCGGGCGAUGUUCGAGACUUAAUUCGUUGUAUUAGGAAGGUCAGAAUAGAAUAAUCAUCAAAAGAGAAAUAAUAGUACUAUCGUAACGCGCAGUUCAAACCCUGUCCUUCGACCUUAACUCUGCGUUUUAUUGAACGUAAAGGGAAAAGACAUAUAAAUGGGGGGAAUUCGAGAGCAAACACUUUGGCAAUUUGCAAAAAACGCAAUUAAAAGAGUGAGAAGUAGCAUGAAAUGAGAGAGAGAGAGAGAGAAAGAGAAAUUAUUUAUUAUUUAGGGGGAACUGUACAGCGCGCCGGUUACCGUUUUCGAAAAAUUUCUUCCACCAUUGGAUUCGUGUGUGCUGAUUGUAGCUUCAUUGCCAUCGCAUUGUCGUGUCAGGCGGAGAGGUCUUGCCACUCUCGCAUGGACCUGGGAGAAUGCCCCCAGAUUCACGAUUUGGCCCUACGGGCUGACUAUGAGGCUGCGCAAAAGAAGAAGGACCAUUUUUACGAUAUUGAUGCCAUGGAACAUUUACAAAACUUCAUCGCGGAUUGCGAUCGCCGCACGGAACAAGCGAAGCAGCGGCUCGCGGAGACGCAGGAAGAGCUGAGCGCCGAGGUGGCAGCAAAAGCGAACAAUGUUCACGUGCUCGCCGAGGAGAUUGGCAAAAAAUUGGCCAAGGCCGAGCAGCUCGGGGAAGAGGGCUUCGUCGAAGAGUCGAUGAAGCUCAUGGGCGAGAUCGACGAACUGCGAAAGAAAAAGAACGAGGCCGAGCAAGAAUAUCGCAACAGUAUGCCGGCGUCCAGCUACCAGCAACAAAAGCUAAGAGUCUGCGAGGUCUGCAGUGCAUAUCUUGGCAUUCAUGACAAUGACCGACGAUUAGCGGAUCACUUCGGCGGGAAACUGCAUCUGGGAUUCAUCAAGAUCCGCGAAAAGCUGGCAGAGCUUCAAAAGACUAUGGAAGAGAGACGCAAGGAGAAGAGGGAGUCGUUGAUGGACAGACGUAGGGACAGGGACAGAGAUGAUCGCGAUAAUCGACGCGGAGGAUUGGGUUACAGGGACAAAGAUCGCGAUCGCGAACGGGAUCGUGAACGCGAUAGAGAUCGUGACCGUGAACGAGAUCGGGAUCGUGACCGUGAACGAGAUCGUGACCGUGACCGUGAACGAGAUCGAGAUCGCGACCGUGAAAGAGAUCGAGAACGCAGAGAUAGAGACAGGAGAAAGUCACGUUCCCGAAGCCGCAGCCGUGGAAAAAGGUCAAAACGUUCACGCAGUAACAGCCGUAGUCGUCGAUCCCGUUCACGUCGUAGCGGUUCCAACGACCGGAAGAGAUAAAAGUAAUAUAUUCUCAUUUACAAUUAUGCUCAAUCAAUUAUUUUCUUUUUUUUCUUAUCAAUUUUCACGAGCUUGAUCGUGCACACUAUCAUGUAAAGAACACUAAAAGGGUAACAAAAGCCAUGGGCUUUCAAUCAUGUUUUCUUUGAAAUAGAAAUUCAUUGUUUGGACGUACAAGAGUUAACUACAUUUUUGUACAUUUACUGUCAACACCGUAUUGAAAACACCAAUAUAUUUCGAAAUGUCUUUGUGUAAAACUAGACGUAAUUCACCUGUCAAUGUAAGAAGCAGGAAUGGAUCUAUUAGACACUAUGAUACUAAUAUACUAUUAUUCUAUUUCAUCUUGAUAUACCGAUUAUACUUUUAAAUCUAGUUACUACUGUCAUGUACAUAAGAAUAGUUCUGAUGUAACUCCAUAAUAUUUGGAGAUGUUACAUAUUUAUAACGUGAUCACAUGAUCUUAUGUAAUUAUUCUAUGAUCAUAAAGAAUGAGGUCUGUUCAAAAAUAUAUACGUUUAAAUAA